CAACUGCACUCUUUCUCCGGAGCUCAUCUCCUCCUCAUAUUAUUGUUAAUAAAUAACAGUAUUAUUGGCCUCGUGACUUCACUCUAUGUUCCAGUUUAUAUCAUGAUGCCACUCAAUACAGUGAAUUCAGACGGAUCGUUGAAUAAUCCAGAGAAAAUUUACGAUUACUUGCAACGAGUAAAACAAGUAGGAACAGACGGAAUAAUGAUUGACGUUUGGUGGGGAAUUAUUGAACCAUCUCCCCAACAAUACAAUUUCAAUGCCUACAUGCAACUGUUUACCAUGUGUCGACAGGUGGGUUUAAAGGUGGAGCCAGUUCUUUCCUUUCAUCAAUGUGGAACCAAUGUAGGUGAUGCAUGCUACAUUCCAUUGCCAUUGUGGAUUCAUCAAGUGGUGGGUGAUAAAAAUCCAGAGAUUUUCUACACUGACCAGAAUGGACACAGAGACAGGGAGUAUCUUUCGCUAGGAGUUGAUUCGGAAGCACUAUUUCCAAGCAAUGAUUCGAGAAGAAAUAGAACUCCUCUCGAAAUGUACGAACAAGUUAUGAUUCAAUUCAAUGCUACAUUUUCUUCGUUUAUUAAGGGUGGAGUAAUUGAUACGAUUGAGAUUGGUCUAGGACCUGCUGGAGAAAUGAGAUAUCCCUCCUAUCAGUUGCAAGAUAAUAUGUGGAGUUUUCCUGGAAUUGGCGCAUUUCAAUGUUAUGAUCGAUAUAUGCUGCAAGAUUUGGCCAAGGCAGCGAGAGAAGUAGGUCAUCCAGAAUGGGGAAAGACAGGUCCGGCCAAUGCUGGCAAUUACAACUCUCGGCCAUUCGAAACUGGUUUCUUCUCUGAGAAUACUUUUGAUAAUUAUGAUUCCAGUUAUGGUAAAUUCUUUAUUGGAUGGUAUACAGCCAAACUUAUUCAACAUGGUGAUGCCAUUUUGGGAAGAGCUAGAUCAGUAUUUGGUCAAUCAAGCAAAUUGGCAACCAAAAUAGCAGGCAUUCAUUGGUGGUAUUAUACAUGGAGUCACGCAGCUGAACUCACGGCCGGUUACUACAACACGAUCCAUUACAAUGGUUAUAUUGACAUUGCCAAAAUGUUCAAAAAACACAAUGUAGAAUUCCAAUUUACAUGUUUGGAAAUGAAAGAUCGAGAACAACCCUCCGAUUGUGCAUGUGGUCCAGAAGAGUUGGUUGCCCUCACACGAGAAUCAGCUUUCAAUUUGGGAUUGAAAUAUGGAGGUGAGAAUGCUUUGGAAAUUUUGGGAAAUUACGCAGCAAAUCAACAAAUUGCAAAACAGUCGAUUAGUGACGGCAAGUCAAUUUCUAGUUUUACAUUUUUGAGAAUGUCAGAUGAGUUGAUGGCUAGUUCUCAGUAUAUGGGAAGUUAUGCUAAUCUUGUUUACGUGAUGCAUAAUUUGUAAUUGGAUUCGAAUAAAAUUUGGUGGAAUACGAAAGGUAUAGUUUGUGAGUUGUCGAUGAUCAAGUGAUUGUAUAAAAUGAAUUUUGUUAGC